GUGGAUUUUUUUAAACCGUUUUGGAGGGAGGGGUGAGCGCGGCGUGGGGGGCGGCGAGAGCGCUCCAGGCUCGGGCGGCGCCUCCUGCUCCCGGCUCGCUCCAGCCUGCGCCGCCGACAUGAAGCUGCUGGGACACAGGUUCGAGCUGCUCACAGGGCUCCUGCUUCACGACGUGACCAUGUCGGGGCUGCAGGAACUGCGAUUCCCCGAGGAGAAGCCGCUGCUGCGGGGCCUGGAAGGCGGCGAGCUGGAGCCCGUGGACACCUUUCUCGUGGCCGAUGACACGGACUGGAAGGAACAUGACAUCGAAACGCCCUAUGGCCUCCUGCACGUGGUGAUCCGGGGGUCCCCCAAGGGGAACCGCCCAGCCAUCCUCACCUACCACGAUGUGGGCCUCAACCACAAGCUGUGCUUCGACACUUUCUUCAACUCCGAGGACAUGCAGGAGAUCACCAAGCACUUCGUGGUGUGCCACGUGGACGCCCCUGGCCAGCAGGUGGGGGCGUCCCAGUUCCCUCAGGGGUACCAGUUCCCGUCCAUGGAGCAGCUGGCCGCCAUGCUCCCCAGCGUGGUUCAGCACUUUGGGUUCAAGUAUGUGAUUGGCAUCGGCGUGGGAGCCGGAGCUUACGUGCUGGCCCAGUUCGCGCUCAUCUUCCCCGACCUAGUGGAGGGGCUGGUGCUGAUCAACAUCGACCCUAACGGCAAGGGCUGGAUCGACUGGGCGGCCACCAAGCUCUCUGGCCUGACCAGUGCACUCCCUGACACAGUGCUCGCCCACCUGUUCAGCCAGGAGGAGCUGGUGAACAACACGGAGCUGGUACAGAGCUGCCGGCAGCAGAUCAGCAACGUGGUGAACCAGGCCAACCUGCAGCUCUUCUGGAACAUGUACAACAGUCGUAGGGACCUGGACAUCAACCGGCCUGGAACGGUGCCCAACGCUAAGACGCUGCGCUGCCCCGUGAUGCUGGUGGUUGGUGAUAACGCGCCUGCAGAGGAUGGAGUGGUGGACUGCAACUCGAAGCUGGACCCCACCACCACGACCUUCCUGAAGAUGGCCGAUUCCGGGGGACUGCCCCAGGUCACCCAGCCCGGCAAGCUGACUGAGGCCUUCAAAUACUUCCUGCAAGGCAUGGGCUACAUUGCGCACUUGAAGGACCGGAGGCUGAGUGGAGGAGCAGUGCCCUCGGCCAGCAUGACCCGGCUGGCACGUUCCCGCACCGCGUCCCUCACCAGCGCCGGCUCGGCAGAGGGCCGCCCGCAGCCCUGCACGCUGUCGGAGAGCAGCGAGGGCCUGGGCCAGGUCAGCCACACCAUGGAGGUGUCGUGCUAAGCCCGGGCCCCCUCCUGGGACACCCACCUGCCCGCCGCACCCACGUCGCCCCCGCCAUCCUUGCGCCCGCUCAUUUUCCCUUUAGUUUAUUUUUGUGAGGGCAAAGGGG